AGCCAUUUAACCUAAUCUGCUAACGCAAUUUCAACUGUUCAUGGUUGCUAUGGAGGUAGAGAUGUUUGCCUCGGCUGAAAAAAAACAGCCAAUCACCAUCGACUACGUCACUAUCUAACGGCUGGCCACACACUUGAAGUUUUUAAACCCGAUUUGCCUCGUUAAACGAUCGAGGGGGCGUGGUCCGAUCGCGAACUGUAGGAGAGCCUGCUGACCACGUGAUUGUCCUCCAUUUGUUUUUCUUCUCCAGUCACAUUGGUCUCGCAGUCCGGUCGAAUCAUCUCGUGUGUGCGUUCAGAGGAUUACAAGUCUGAAAAUCGGUUGAAACUGUGUCUUUAAAAUAAGUUCAAAAUCGUCUAGCGUGUCCCAGGGCUAAGAAAGAAGCCAAUCACCAUCGACUAUUUCACUUUGUCAGGGCAAUAAGCCAAUCAAGAUUACACUUUCAAUCACCUCAGAGAGGUAAUUUUGAACUGCUUAUCUAGCAAUAACCUAAUUUAAGAGUGUGAUGAUAAAUAUUUGAUUGGCAACAUAUUUACCAAGCUAUUAAUAGCGCUACACAUUAAGGAAGACAAUUAAGUUGCAAAUACCUACAGCAAUCAUAUUUAUUAUUAGAAUACUACUGUUUUAACACAGAUAUUUCAAAGGACAUGAUGGAUUUAUUCGUGAAAGGAGUUUUUAGUGUUGAUGCAGUGACGCCAGUGUCAGUGACGGAGGGAGAUUCAGUCACUCUGAACGUACAGAGAGAUGAUGAGAUCGAAUGGAGGUUUGGAGAUACAAACAUUCUCAUAGCUGAAAUCAGAAAGGACAAUAAAAUCGCGUGUUAUGAUGAUAGUGCCAAUGGGAGAUUCAAAGGCAGACUGAAGAUGGAUCAGAAUGGAUCUCUGACCAUCACAAACACCAGAAUCACAGACUCUGGACUUUAUAAAACAAGAAACACGAACACCCUGCUGAACACAUUCAGUGUUACUGUCUAUUCUCGUGUUCCGGUUCCUGUCAUCACCAGAGACUCUCCACAGUGUUCAUCAUCAUCAUCAUCAUCAUCAGAAAGGUCUUCAUCAUGUUUACUGUUGUGUUCAGUGUUGAAUGUGAGUCAUGUGACUCUCUCCUGGUACAAAGGAAGCAGUUUAUUGUCCAGCAUCAGCGUGUCUGAUCUCAGCGUCAGUCUCUCUCUACCUCUGGAGGUGGAACAUCAGGAUAAAAACACCUACAGAUGUGUGCUGAACAAUCCCAUCAGCAACCAGACCAAACAUCUGGAUAUCGGUCGACUUUGUUCUGAAUGUUGCUGUUGUGGUUUCACUGAAGCUGCGAUCCGAUUGGCUCUCUCUGCUGUGGUGGGCGUGGCCGGGGUGGUCGUCCUGGUUUAUGAAUUCAGAACCAGAAAACUUCAACAGAAGAAGAGCGUGAAGAACGCAGCAACAAACACUGAUCAACCAGAUGAAGUUGCCUCUGAAUGAUUCCAGCAUUAUAUCACAAGUAAAUGUCAUUUCCAUGAUUAUUUCAUUUUUAUUAUCAUAAGGUUGAUAUGUCACGUCUUUAACACCCUUUGCAUCUUAUUACCUAAUGUUAAAUGUUCAUAAAUAUCUCUGUUGAUACAGUGACCCUGCUGAAGCUCCACCUAGUGUUUUUUUUUUCACUAACAUCUCUUGCUGUAAUAUUUGAUAGUAUAAAACUUAAUAUUGCUUUUAUUACUUUAUGCCUCUUUGUUUUAUAA